ACUUCUAAUACAUAAAAUCACCCCAGUACAGCAGGAGGUGCUGUGGGACAGCUGACUGUUUGGACGUCAGUCGUAUAGACAACUAGCCUUCUAGCUAACAACAAGACCCCGAACGAACAGUGUUUUUUUUAUUUAAGUCAUCAUAAGGGGGGAACGCUGCUUCUUUCUGCCAUGUACUGAUGUAAGAGUCAGGAGUGAUCGUUGACGAGUGGAAGAGUUGGAUUCCUCACCUUCCUGCGCCCGACACAGUUUGUCACGCUGGCAAUGUCAAGAGUCCCGAGUCCCCCUCCCCCUGCGGAAAUGUCCAGCGGGCCUGUGGCCGAAAGCUGGUGCUAUACGCAGAUCAAAGUGGUGAAGUUUUCUUACAUGUGGACCAUCAACAACUUCAGCUUCUGUCGUGAGGAGAUGGGAGAGGUCAUCAAGAGUUCCACUUUCUCUUCUGGGGCCAACGACAAACUGAAAUGGUGUUUGCGAGUGAAUCCAAAGGGCUUAGAUGAGGAGAGUAAGGACUACCUAUCUCUCUACCUGCUGCUGGUCAGCUGUCCAAAGGCAGAAGUGAGAGCCAAGUUUAAAUUCUCCAUUCUAAAUGCCAAGGGAGAGGAGACCAAAGCCAUGGAAAGCCAGAGAGCGUAUCGCUUUGUGCAGGGGAAGGACUGGGGCUUUAAGAAGUUCAUCCGGAGAGACUUCCUCCUAGAUGAGGCCAACGGACUUCUACCUGAUGACAAACUCACUCUCUUCUGUGAGGUAAGCGUGGUGCAAGACUCAGUCAACAUAUCUGGGCAGAACACCAUGAACAUGGUGAAGGUGCCAGACUGUCGGUUAGCUGAUGAGCUGGGUGGUCUGUGGGAGAACUCGCGCUUCACUGACUGUUCCCUGUGUGUAGCUGGCCAGGAAUUCCAGGCUCACAAAGCCAUCCUUGCAGCACGAUCCCCUGUAUUCAGUGCCAUGUUUGAACAUGAGAUGGAGGAGAGUAAAAAGAAUCGUGUGGAGAUCAACGAUGUGGAGCCUGAAGUUUUUAAAGAGAUGAUGUGCUUCAUUUACACAGACAAGGCUCCAAACUUAGACAAGAUGGCAGACGACUUGCUGGCAGCUGCCGACAAGUAUGCCUUAGAGAGACUGAAGGUCAUGUGUGAGGACGCUCUGUGCACCAGUCUGUCUGUGGAAAAUGCUGCGGAGAUUCUCAUCCUGGCUGAUCUACACAGCGCCGACCAGCUCAAAACCCAAGCUGUUGACUUUAUCAACUACCAUGCUGCAGAGGUGAUGGAAACAGCUGGCUGGAAAUCCAUGGUGGCAUCUCAUCCUCACCUGGUGGCAGAAGCCUACCGCUCUCUGGCCUCAGCCCAGUGUCCUUUUCUUGGUCCGCCACGCAAGCGCCUCAAACAGUCAUAACAGCCUGAUAGCGGGGGUGCCGACUGUCCCAUAUGCACUCACAAAAACACAUGAAAUGAUACACACCCUCCCUUGUCAAACACAGGGAUGACAUCUCCCUACGCUGUUACCUACUACACUACCUACAGCCUCCUUCAAACCCCCCACCCUCGGCCCUGUCCAACCUGCUGUAUUUACUCUCUUCAAAAGAUGGAGGGAUCGAAGAAGGACGAAGUCGAGGAAGGAGAGGAAGAGCGAGCGGUGGGCUUGUGAAGUGAAUGUUUGUCGUUUACAAAAGAACCUCCUCCCCCGUAACUCGUUCCCGUUUUCUUUGCUUUGCCAUGUAUGAGAGCUGACAUUGUGACGUUCUCUGUGUUUGAAAACAAAAUCCUUUGGCAUCCAGAAAGCUCCUCCUUUGGAAUCCGUUUCACAAGGCAGCAGCGCCACAAAGAACCUGUUGGGAGCCCAGUGUCUGGCAAUUCCUGAGGCUUGAAGGAGAAGUGCAGACGAAUGGUUGAACGUCUUUAAUUGACAAUUUCGAUUACUCUGGUCUCAUGGUUUCAUGGAAACCCCGACGUAGAGAAAUGUGGGUCCGUGUGGAACUGAAGAAAAAAAAAAUCCUUCCUCAAAGCCCUGCCUCCCUUCAAAAGACAACCAAGGGCUAUUCAGACAAAGGCAGAUAAUAAAGGGACAAAAUUCAUAUUAUUUCCCCGAAGAAAGUUGAGGGGUUAAACAUUGCACUAAAGAUACAGUACACCCACAUCAGCCCUUAUUACCAGCAGUGAAAUACAAAUACUGCAGGCAAGCACACGCUGAAGGAAGCUCCGUGGAGUAACGCCCCAGCCGGACCACCAAAAACACGUUCCCUUUAACAGGAUUUAUCAGCAAAAACCGCACUCGAAUCCCUUAAAGAACUUCUCGAGCUUCAUCUGCGCCCAUUUCCAUCUUCUCUUAAAUAGCCAGAAUUAAGAGCAGUACAGAGAGAGUACAGAAAAUAGCAAAGCCUGUGAUGAUACUAUCCUUGAGGACACAGUAUUUUUGUGUGAACGUGUCUUUGUAACCCCCUUAGGGCAAGAAAAUCAAUUCAAGCUACGCCCAAGCAGGGGGCGACAGAAGCUGUUGGCGGCAGACAAGCGAACAUUAGGAUUCAUUUGGGCAUGUUAAUAUUCAUUCAGAAUGAAGUUCCAAUGUUUUCCCCUCCUCUCGGAGCAGUCACUGCUAUUGUUUUCUUAGGAGUUUGUACAUAUCGCCAGUAUUUUUGAAGAAGUCCGAAGCGAAAGCAUUUUCCAACCAUGGAAUUUGGAAAAACAAAUAUUAUACAAAUGUUUUCUUUGCAGGUGUAAAGACUGAGGGGGAAAUUAAUUUGAAAUGAACACGUUUUAAUGUUCAAAGAGAAAAGAAGGGUGGACGUGAACACUGAGGAAGAACCACAUGGAAUUUGUUAAAAGUUAUCAUUUGUAGGAAAUGGUAAUAAAUAAAAGGAACCAUUCUUUAUUUCCUGUAGAUAUCGCUGGUUAUCAGUGACAUGUGACACUUAGUUGUUGCCAUUUUUUUCCCAAAUGAAUAAACCACAACUAUUUUGUAUGGAAUUCAAUAUACACGUAGUGGGUAUUUUUGUACACUGUGCGCGUACAGUAAUGCAACGUGUUUCUGAAGUGUUGAGCUGGUCACAGGAAUCUUUUGAAAGUAGAUGGAAAUUGUAACAAAAACUAAGAACCACAUUUUCUACAUGCCUUUGAUAUAAUUGGUAGCUAUACUGUAUAGCAGCGGCAAAAAAGUUAAUAAUAAUCCCUUGUUUGUCCCACCAA